AGCUGGCUAAUGAAAGCAUUCUCGAGGAGCAAGGGAAGCAGGGGAGAGGAAGGGCUACGGAGGGGCAGGGAUGCGGAACAGAACCGGUCUAGUGCUCUGUGCCCUAGUCCUCCUGACGGGCUUCCUGAUGAUCUGCGUGGGAGCCUUCCUCAUUUCCUCAGGAUCGAUGUUCAACUGUCAAGGGAACCUGAUCCUGGCCUAUAUGCUUCUGCCCCUGGGGUUUGUGAUCCUUCUGAGUGGAAUUUUCUGGAGUACCUACCGCCAGGCCAGGGAAAGCAAAGGGGUGUUCACGCACGUGCUCAGACGACACCUUGCUCACGGGGCACUGCCCCUGGCCACAGUCGACAGGCCAGAUUUCUACCCCCCUGCGUAUGAAGAGAGUCCUGAUGCGGAGAAACAACCCUGUCCGGCAGAGGGAGAGGCCUCGGAUGUCCCUCCACCUGUGUACACAGAGAUGGGCCUUGGAUUCGAGGAUGCACCUGCUGCCCGCCCAGAGGCCCCACCUUCCUACGAGGAGUCCGUGGCAGGCGGGGUGGCGACAGCCACACCAUUUGCAGGACGCUCAAGAUGCUGAAGCAGGAGAUACUCUCUAGUGCUUGGGAUGCACCCUCAUGGGAUACGGCUGCUGGUAGUAAACGCGGGCACUGGACGACGGGAGGGAAAGGGUCUUCGGGGACCCUCAUGAGCGCACGCCGAGGAGAUGCGGGAAACGACAGCAUUACGGUUUCCUGGACGUGCUUUGGUCUGCAAGGGCAGCGUGGGGUCCCGGAAGGGUGUGGUGGUCAGCAAGCCACAUUUCAAAGGAUCCACACUAAUCCCAGCCCAGUUGGGCUUUUGGACUGCCGUUUGGAGCUGUGCCCCAAGAGGCUUCUAGCUCUCACUCAACCCCCUCCAGCACCCCAGCCCCCAACGGGGAGAACAGGUGCUGCUCAUGGACAGCCAUGGGCCUUCAGGUACAUUACCCAACAACUGCAAGAAGAAAGUGUGCUGGAGACGAAGGGUCAUCAUCCCGUUUAAUUUGCAGGUUUUGGGGGCUGGCUUUGCAGCUCCCCCCGUUUACCCUAUUAACCAGAGUGACAGCGUAAUAAUUCACCUUGCGGGAGGUUUCCUCUUGGAAGCCGCGAAUGUUACUUUGUAUGACUUUCUUUUAAUUGUGUGUGUGUGGUUUCUAUGUGGACAGCAACUGUAAUAUUUGCUUUCAAAAUGGCUGGAACACAGAAUUUUGAAGGAAGAUCUUAAAAACGGGACGGUUGUACAAGCAGAGAGGACAAGAUUUCUCAGGCACUCAAGUGGAACAGACUUAAAAAUUCAUAAGGCACAGAAUUUAGGGGAAGAAACUGUAUUAGCCAUAGGUUGUAUGAAUCUAGAUUUUGAUGUAAAUGUUGAAAAGCAUUAAAAUAUACAUGUAUAUUUCAACAAAUCCCCCUGUGAAUCUCUAGACUUUGAAAGAAAGGAGACUAUGGUGGAAUGCUUUGAUCCUUAACAGAAAGUUCUCUGUGUCUCAAGAUAUGGGUCCAUGCAUUUUUGACUCGGGACAUUUCUUUUAAAACCCCCUGAUUCCUCCUCAGCUUUAUUAUAUUUUAUGAUAUGUUUUAAUAUAAGAAGACAAGUCGGGUGGCAGUGUGGAGGGGAGAGAUGCAGCUUAAUGUGUUGGCGCUUGGACAAGAAUCUUCUUCUCUCCGGGCCUCAGUUUCUUCCUCCAUCAAGUGAGGAAUUUAUGCUGGGAUUAAUAUCUAACAAUUACAGAGUGUCUUUUAUAGGAUGGGCUCUGCACCAUAAACUUUGUGUGCUUUGGAUUUAGCCCUCAAUAUACUCUUCGGUAACAGGCACAGUGGCUAUUCCCCUUUUACAGACACAUAAACUGAGACUUCGAGCCAUUAAGCAACUUUCCAGAUAACCUACAGUUGUUUCCGGGGGGGUGAAGCAGGGUCCACAGAGGGGCGUGAGAGGAUUUUUCGCUUCAAACAUUUGUGCUGGGUUAACCCUGUCUUACUUUCCUCCUCCCACGGAGCAGUCUGGACUUCCGUCCUGCUUCGGAAAGUGGGUCCUAACAGGAGCGGAGCCCCAGGGCAGGUGCACUACCUUAAAGCCCUUGGGGAAGCAGCCAAGCUUGCUUUAGCGUUUGCUUUUUUUUUUUUU